AUCAACCCAAAGAGGAAGAGAGAGAAUAGGUAGAUUGGCCCUUGAAGAGAGAAACACUCUUCGGGUGAUAUAGUCUACGACGUCAAAAUAAUAAGGGGCUGGCCAAAAUCAAAAUAUUUUGCAAAUAAAUCUCUGUUUAAUGUAGUUUGUUGGAAUUUGAAAGGUGAAACAAGUGAAGUGAUUAGUGCUGUGCGGUAUUGUGGAGCUAAAUUAAUCGGAAAGGAAGAUUUUCAAUUCCAAUUAGUGUUUAGUGCAAAAUAUUGUUUGUAAUGGUGCCUCCGUGAACGGAAUUCGACCCAAUUUUCCGUGUUGUUUUGUUAAAUUUUUAAUUUUUAAGCAAGUUGGCCGUGUACGGACCACUUAUCAACUUUAGUAGCAUUUGAAGGACCGGCCCGAGGAUGCCCAUCCUGUACAGUGUGAUCUGCCGGGGGCCCACCAUCCUGGCCAAGUACGCCGAGUGCGUGGGAAACUUUGCCGAAGUGACGGAGCAGAUCAUUCCGAAGAUCAAGCUGGAGGACCACAAGCUGACGUACUCCCACGGAAACUAUCUGAUUCAUUACAUUUGCGAAAACAGGAUCAUCUACAUGUGCAUAAGUGAUGAUGGCUUCGAACGGUCGCGGGCGUUUCUGUUUCUCACGGAAAUCAAGAAAAAGUUUAUCCAAACGUACGGGCUCACGGUGGCGACGGCCAUCGCGUACGCCAUGAAUACGGAAUUUUCGCGGACGUUGGCCCACGAGAUGAAGCACUACAGCGAGUCACGGGAGGUGGAUGCCAUUAGUCAGGUGCACGGCCAGAUCGACGAGCUGAAGGAUAUUAUGGUGAAGAACAUCGAGAAUAUUACGAAUAGGGGGGAGCGGUUGGAGCUGCUGGUGAACCAGACGGAGAACCUGCGGAAUAAUUCCGUCACGUUCCGCCAGACGUCCCGCAACCUGGCCCGCACCAUGUUCUGGCGCAGCGUCCGAAUGUACUGCCUGAUCGGGGCGAUCCUGCUGUUUGUGAUCUACAUCGUGGUGAGCAUGUCCUGCGGCGGUCUGCUCUGGUCCAGCUGCAUCCACAGUGGCGGUGCCCCGAAGGUGACUCCGACGCCGGUUCCUCCCCCACCUGCUGCUCCGGCCACCGAUCCGGUACUUUAGAUUGGAGUCGUUUGUCAUGACGAUGGGUUCUUCCGACGAGACGGAACUUAGAUUUGUGUUGAAUGCAAUCGGAAAGACUUGAUCGAAACUAGGAGCAAAUAAAGGCUUUUUUUGUGUGGCAAACUCGAACUUUGCUGGUUUUCCAAAGGGGGUGAAUCCUGUUUUGUAACUUCUCUAAAUAAAUGUUUAGAACGGUGUAACUACUUCAAGGAAAAUGUUGAAUAAAUAAAGGUUCAUCGAAGGUGUAUACAGUCUAACUAUGAAUCCAAUUGAAAAAUCAAGAACAAAAAGUAACUUACACUUUUAGAGCAUGUAAAAUAACUAAUAGAUGAAAAAAACUCUAGUGAUAUCCGCAAUUAGUGCACGUUCUGAAGUUUAAAAUUCGAAAAAGAUAGCAAAAGAGGCCGGAACCAGCUUCAGAUAUUUUUUUUAAUAUUCCCAAACUUGUUCAUACAUUAUCUAUACAAUAAUUUAAGUUAGCGUAGCGCUGGUAAAUAUACGACACGUUAUCACAUUUAAAA